AUGUCGGGAGGCUGGAAUACUAUCGAAUCAGACGCUGGCGUCUUCACAUACUUACUCGAGAACCUCGGUGUCAAGAACGUUCAAUUCGAGGAACUCAUCUCAUUAGACGCACAAACACUGGGCGAGCUCUCACCACUGGGAGUCAUCUUUCUCUUCAAGUAUAAUAAUGAUGGUCGUAAAUCGGACGGACCGCUAGAUGGCAAAUUCGACUUUGAAGCAACAUACAACUUGGAUGAUGCCGAGAGUGCAGGAGAUGGCCAGGGCAAGGUGUGGUUCGCUGCUCAGACAAUCCAGAACGCCUGCGGCACACAAGCACUUCUCAGUGUCUUGAUGAACAAGGACGACAAGGAUGGUGUUGAAUUGGGGCCUCAUCUGUCAGACUUCAAGGACUUCACAGCCGCCUUCCCACCAGACAUUCGUGGCGAAGCCCUCAGCAACAGCGAUCUCAUCCGCGACACGCACAACUCCUUCGCCCGUAGCUCUCCUUUCGUAUCAGACGAGACCCGCAUGGCCACCCAAGACGACGACCUCUUCCACUUCAUCGCCUACACCAGCAUCAACGGCAAGCUCUACGAACUCGACGGUCUCCAAGAAGCACCCAUCAACCACGGUCCCUGCGCUCCCACAGACUUUGCCGAGAAGGUCAUCCCCGUCCUACAACGUCGCAUCGAGAGAUAUCCCUCCAACGAGAUCCGCUUCAACUUACUGGCCAUGUGUCAAGAUCUUCGUGUCAAGGCAAAGGAGUUUGGCGAUGACGAGAUGGUCUACCGCGAAGAAGAGAAGAGACGUGCAUGGCAGUGGGAGAAUGCUCUUCGCAGACAUAACUUUGUUGGCUUCGUUGGCGAGUUGAUGAAGGGUGUCACUGCUGCGAAGAUCGCAGACGGCUCAUACGACGCAUGGAUUGAAGACUCGAAACAAAAGACGAAGAAGAAGUUGGAAGAGAGCAAGAAGAAGGGCUACAACCCUGAUGAGAUGGAGAUGUGA